UCCGCGCGGCUGCUGCGCGCCGUGAUCAUGGGGGCGCCGGGCUCCGGCAAGGGCACCGUGUCGUCGCGCAUCACCAGGCACUUCGCGCUGAAGCACCUCUCCAGCGGCGACCUGCUCCGGGACGACAUGCUUCGGGGCACAGAAAUCGGUGUGUUAGCCAAGACUUUCAUUGACCAAGGGAAGCUCACCCAGGAUGAGGUCAUGACUCGGCUGGCCCUUCAUGAGCUGAAAAACCUCACCCAAUAUAGCUGGCUAUUGGAUGGUUUUCCAAGGACACUUCCACAGGCAGAAGCCCUGCACGGAGCUUAUCAGAUAGACACAGCGAUUAAUCUGAACGUGCCCUUCGAAGUCAUUAAGCAGCGUCUCACCGCGCGCUGGAUUCAUCCGGCCAGCGGCCGAGUCCACAACAUCGAAUUCAACCCUCCCAAAGCCGUGGGCAUUGAUGACCUGACAGGGGAGCCUCUCAUUCAGCGGGAUGAUGACCAGCCAGAGACGGUUGUCAAGAGACUCAAGGCUUAUGAAGUCCAAACACAGCCGGUCCUGGAAUAUUACCGGAAAAAGGGAGUAUUGGAAAGCUUCUCUGGAACAGAAACCAACAAAAUCUGGCCCCAUGUGUAUGCUUUCCUACAAACAAAAGUUCCACAAAUAGACCAGAAAGCAUCAGUUACUCCAUGAGGAAAAGUGUACAUCACCAGUAAGAUGAGCAGAGACUCCUCGCCUGUGCAUUUAGAAGCUCCGUGUUCUGAGACUGGCAUGUAUGAAUUCUUUGAAAAUUAUAUUAGUUUCACUUCUACUGAUUUCAUUCUGGAAAUUAAGAAUGGGCCAAAUGAGUCCGAUACUAAGAUUCAUCUUUUUGUCUACCCAGGGUAUCUUCUAUGGGUAUGUAAUUUAAAAACAUCAGAUGUCCUAAUUAAAAGAGCAAUUGGUAGUAAUAUUAACUUUUGUUCAGAAGACUAAGUGGUUGAUAAAAAAUUUUCUUAUUCUUUGGAGAAGCUAAAAACAUUUCCAUGUCACUCGGUAAAGUAUCUCAUCAGAGAAAUGUGUUGUAGACUGAUGCCAAAACCCAGCAUCGUUAGCACUGUGGUACAUGGUUUUGUGAAACACUAUCAAAUUCUAGAAAACAAGCAACCAGAUAUGCAGAUUAGUUUCAGGAUGCAAAUUCACUGUUGCCUUUAUAGUAAGAAACUUAAAAACUUAACCGUAUAUACUGUAUUUAUUAUGUCCUAAACAAACUUUCAGUUUAUUCAGAAUUUU